AUGAGAAUGCAAACGACGACAGCUGGAACAUCUGAUGAGGAAAAUUAUACAGAGCUGCACAAUUAAACACAAAAUAAGACACAUUGAUAGUAACGUACAAACCAAUAUGGGAUACAUGGAAGGCGCUCAGCAUAGAAUUAAUCAGCCCACCCCCUUCUUGAAUCUUGUAAUUGCUGAAAGAAGUAAUUCGCAUGGGUGGAGAAGUAGGGCUACAUACCAUCCCCCUCCUCAUGUAGAGGAACGACGCGAUAGAGUGUUCUGA